AUGGUUUGUCAGUGUGUUAUAGCUUCACUUGGUUGGGCUUUUCUCGUAUUUCUGAUUAGUCGUCUGGCCGUAAUUGUUUUCAAUCUUAUAUAUCCAUUCUUUAUUGCCACACCUAUUAAUUUGUUAAAAGCAGCUGGUAGUAAAUGGGCAGUUGUUACUGGUAGUACAGAUGGAAUAGGAAAGGCGUAUGCAAGUGAACUAGCACGACGUGGUUUUUCCAUUGUUUUAAUUUCACGUACUCAAAGCAGGUUGGACGAUGUCAAAAAAGAAAUUCUUGCAGAAUCUAAUGUCGAGGUAAAAACGGUGGCAUUUGAUUUUACUACUACAAAUGUAGGUGAAUAUGAAAAAACAAUAUUACCGUUGUUUGAUGAACUUGAAGUCGGGAUAUUAGGCAAUGGUUUUUGUUUUAACACACUAAGAUUCAACAAUGUUGGCGUGAGCUUCAAUUAUCCUGAACUGAUGCAUAAGGCAGAAGGUGGACUUCAAAAACUUGCAGAUGUUGAUAUCGUGAAUACUCUUCCUGUAACUUUGCUAUCAGCUGCCGUAUUGCCUUCUAUGAUUGAGCGUAACAGUGGUAUAAUUGUGAACAUAUCAUCUGCUGUUUCUUACAGUCCUUUAGACAUGCUCAGUGUCUAUUCAGCUUCAAAGAAGUAUGUGACAUGGUUGUCGAAGAUUCUACAAAAGGAGUGCGCGAAAACAAAUAUAAUCGUGCAGACUAUUUGUCCGAUGCUUGUAACUACCAAAAUGUCGAAGGUGGAACUUUUUGAAUCGCAAGUUUCGCGUCCAUCUUUCUUUAUUGUUAAAGCUGAAGACUUCGUAAAAAGCGCUAUUGGUACGAUUGGUAUUGUAGCUGAAACAACGGGCUGUUUCGCGCACCAGAUUGAGGUCGAAAUAAUUAAAAACCUACCUGAGUGGCUUGUUGUGCCUUUUCUAAGUGAGCAGACAAAGAUUGUUCGUAAAAAAGCACUUGCGAAGAAAGCUAGAGAUGCUGCAGCAGCUGCUCAAGAAUGA